UAAUUCAUAUAUUGUAAUUUUACAUUCAAUCAAAAUGAAUCUUAUGCUUCACCUUCUUGUGCUUUUUACACUAAUAUUUCAUCUUACACUAUUAGUAUCAUCAUCUUCACCACCCAAUGCCUUAAAACUAGACUCAUCCCUCUAUGUAGACCAGAAAAACAACUUCUUGAUCUCACCAGAUGGCGUUUUCACCGCCGGGUUUUACAACGUUGGUGACAACGCUUUUUGUUUCUCGAUAUGGUUCACUAAACCGUUGUCUAAUGGUGAACAAACCGUGGUUUGGAUGGCUAACCGUGACAUACCCGUCAAUGGAAAACGUUCAAAACUUUUACUAUCAAAGACGGGUAAUCUUGCUUUACAUGAUGCUGAUCAAGACUUGCCCAUUUGGACCACACGAACACGAGAUACAACAGGGUUUGCAGAGUUAAAGCUAAAUAACUCGGGUAAUCUUUACCUUCAAAGUAAAGAUGAACAAGUUUUAUGGCAAAGUUUUGUAUCACCAACAGAUACACUUCUUCCAAAUCAACCACUAACUAAAGAUGCUACGCUUGUUUCUUCAAGAAGCCGAACUAACUAUACUUCGGGCUUUUAUAAACUUAUCUUUGAUAAUGAUAACGUUCUUCGGCUUGUUUAUAGCAAUCCUAAAGUUACAGGCAUAUAUUGGCCAAAUCCUGAGCUCCGAGCUUGGGAUGCUGGUAGGAGCACUUGGGGAGGUGAAAGGACUGCAUUUAUUGACUCGUUAGGCCGAUUUAACUCGAGUGAUCAUUUGUUUUUUAAUGCUUCAGAUGAUGGAGCUUUAUCCAUGAGAAGGUUGACCAUGGAUCUGGAUGGUAACGUACGAGUGUAUAGUCUUGAUAAGGAUAAAAGUAUUUGGAAAGUUACUUGGCAAGCUAUCUCACAAACGUGCUUGAUUCAUGGAAGUUGUGGAGAAAACAGUACUUGUUCCAACGACCCGAAUUAUGGUAAGAAAUGUACAUGCUUACCAUAUCAUAAAAUGGUCAACGUAACCGAUUGGUCUUAUGGGUGUGAACCAGAUUUCGAGUCAAGUUUAUGUGGUAAUGGUGAAGAUGAGGAUGAUUUUCUAAAACUCACUCAUUUUGAUUUCUAUGGGUAUGACUCAAAAUAUUUGCCUAACGUAACGUUAGAUGUAUGCAAGCAAGAGUGCAAGAAUAUGUGCGAUUGCAAAGGGUUUCAGUACAGGUUUAAUAAGAAUCAAGGAAUUUUUCUUUGUUAUACAAAGUUUGUGUUGCUGAAUGGAUUCGGGUCUGCUAGUUUUAAUGGUACUUUGUAUCUAAGAGUUCCUAAGAGUACCCUUUCUUCUAAUACAAAUAAAGUUAUUCGAAAACAUGAACUGAACUGUUCUGGGAGUCCUAGAAUGGUACAACUUGAACGCAUAUACGAUAAGAAGAAUGAAAAAGGGUCAAUUAAGUUCCUGCUAUUGUUCACUUAUGUGCUUGGUGCAUUGGAGGUCAUUUGCAUAAUCUAUUUCUUCUACAAAACCAGGAUAGCUAUCCCGAAAUCCCAAGGUUACCUACAAGCUGCAACAGGAUUCGAGCGUUUCAGCUUUUCAGAUUUGAAAAAGGCAUCUGAAAAUUUCAAGACAGAGAUAGGAAGAGGAGGUGGUGCAGUUGUGUACAAAGGAAUUCUCUCAGAUAACCGAGUUGCAGCCAUAAAACGUCUCAAAGAAGCUAAUAGCAAUCAUGGGGAAGCAGAGUUCUUAGCAGAAGUGAGUACAUUGGGGAAGCUUAAUCACAUGAAUUUGAUCGAUAUAUGGGGGUAUAGUGCUGAAGGGAAACACAGGAUAUUGGUUUACGAGUACAUGGAGAAUGGAUCAUUGGCUGAUAAUCUACAGUUGAAUAAUCUUGAUUGGAAGAAAAGAUUUGAUGUUGCCGUUGGGACAGCAAAAGGACUGGCUUAUUUACAUGAAGAGUGUUUGGAAUGGGUUUUGCAUUGUGAUGUAAAGCCUCAUAAUAUUUUGUUAGAUCGUGAUUACUUGCCAAAAGUUGCGGAUUUUGGGUUGUCUAAGUUUUUGGAUAGAGAUGGAAUAGGUAACUCGGAAUUCACAAAAGCAAGAGGGACAAGAGGAUACAUGGCUCCAGAAUGGUUUUUUGUUGGACUACCGAUAACAUCAAAAGUAGAUGUUUAUAGCUACGGAGUGGUGAUGUUGGAAAUGAUAACAGGAAGAAGCCCACAAGGUGGAGUUGCAUACGAGAAAACGAUGGUUCAAUGGGUCCGAGAGAAGGUUGCUGCAGCUGCAGGUGAUGGAUAUGGCGGAAAGAACAUAUGGAUAGAAGAGGUUGUGGAUUCUAAUGUAAAGGGAGAUUAUGAUAGGAUUCAAAUGGCGAUUUUCAUCAAAGUGGCUUUGCAAUGUGCAGAAGAAAAUAAGGAUGCAAGACCCACCAUGAGUCAGGUUGUUGAUAUGCUCCUCCAUGGUGGUGAUGGUAAAUUUUGAGUUUAUAUGCUCUUUUAUGGUGAUGGCAUAUGUACAUAUUAUGGUUACAACCACUCCAAACGAGCGUAGUUUUUCGCCACGUUUAGUAGCAGCGUGUUUCAUUUGGUCAUUCAGAUCACUAAGAAGUACUGUAUAAUAAAAGUGGCAAAAAUAGGUAGUAUGCUUGUAUUCUUGUAAUAUAAAAUGGCAUUAAGUCAUUAACCCUAUCUUUGGGGGUUGAUAUUAGUUGUUGAAAGCUUAACGCACACUACGCCAGAAAUGGGUCCUUGGGUCCUAGAUGCCAGAGGCAGGUGUGAGCCUCAUGAACACAAGGCACAUCAUACUUGGAAUAUGUAAAUCAAAAUAGAUUAUGCAGAUAUAAAGAUGACUUUUUUUUCUUUCUAAAA